AUGAGUUGUAUUCUGGAGUGCCUUCACGGUGGACAGUGUGAGGAUGGAGUCUGUAUUUGCCCUACUGGAUAUGAUGGACCAAGCUGUCAAAAUACAGUUCCAUACAUAGAGAUCAUUCCGGAUCAACUGGAUGUCCGCUAUGGAAUACAGUUGUCAUGGCGAUGUGUUUAUCAUAAUGGCACUGGACAGCCCUUCUGGAGGAACCCUAACCAGCGUUUCAUUCAACAAUCAUUCUCAUCAAAUCGUGGUGAUCUUGGCUUCAAUAACGUAUACUCGGAGAUAAUCUCAGAAUCAGAAACGAGACUCAUCAUUGUUGACUUCCAACCGAGGGACGCUGGAAACUACACUUGUAGGACCUCCACUGGAUAUAAGACACUAGUCGUUGAGGCUUCAACAAUACCAACUACACCGACCCCUACACCAGCUGUUAACGUCACAAUCGCUCCAGAGCCACAAAGCAACUGCAUAACAUUCAACAGCUCUUUCUGUCAAGGUCUACCCUACAAACAAGCCGUCUUCCCCACAGCGUUUGCUCCGGAGUCCGAAGCUGCGGACCUGCUCGCUUCCGCUAUCCACUCUCGUCUCUCUAACUGUGGCGAGGCUGCUAAGGUUGUCCUCUGCUAUCACUUCUUCCAACCCUGCGUAGGAACCUCGGAACGUCUUUGUGCUGAGAUCUGCCAGGAUGUUAAGCUGAAUUGUAAUUCUUACAUGGAGGAGUUGUUGACGUUCUUCUCACCGGCUCAAGCUCAGCAAUUCUUAUCGGCUUGUAAUGACCUACCAUCGGAGGAAUCUAACCCAAGCUGUAUCAAGAACUUGAAGAAACAACCAGAUCGGAUAUCAAAAUGUGACAACAUGUGUGAGAAUGGAGGAACUUGUAUUAAUGACCAAUGUAUUUGUCUUCCUGAGUUCACUGGGGAGAUGUGUGAUUACCCAGUUGAUACCCAGUUUGAGUACGAUGUCGUGAUUACACCCAACCCGUUCGGCUAUCCAGAAUUAAACUCCAACUUGACUGUCAUCUGUGAGAUCAAAAACAACAAUGUCUUAGUUUUCCCAACUUGGUUUGGACUGGACAGUCAAAACGUUCCUGCAAAACAAUCUGGUAACAGUAAUCAGCGAGUCUACAUGGACGUACACUCAACCUCAGCUUCUAAACUUGUCAUUCUGGAUCUGAGACCAGAAGAUCAGGGGACUUACAGGUGUAUUGUAGGUCAGCAAUCGGUACCACACACUGUCAUAUUACAAUUUCCUGACUGCUACAGUCGUCCAUGUGUGAACGGAGGAUUUUGUGUCAACGGAAAAUGCAAAUGCCCCUCAGGGUUGACUGGACUCCAGUGUGAAAAAGGCAACGAAGGUUACAUCGUCAACAUCUACCCUGACAUCAUAGACUACCCACACGUCGGUUCCAACCUAACGUUUCAAUGUGAGCUGAGCGGGUUGUAUCCUAGCAACCCAAUCUGGCUGGAUCCAGUCUCAAUGCAGGUUAAACCUCACUCUCAAGGUGUCAAUGAUAGAGUCUUCAUCCAGGAAGUCUCACCAUCAGAAACUGCUCUGAAAAUCUUCAAUGUUCAACCCCAAGAUUCAGGGACUUAUGUUUGUGUUGUUGGAAAGCAGUUCAACUUCAUCAAUGUCACUGUGCAGAUUCCAGAAUGCCUAGCACCUUGCCUGAAUGGCGGAUAUUGUAUCUUUGGUGAAUGUCAAUGCCCACCAGACUUUGAAGGGGAUCAAUGUCAGUCACUUGUUCCUCCAUCGUUCAGCCUGGUCAUCACUCCGGCCCCGGGUCAAACCCCAAUCAUUGGUGGAACUUUGACCUUUCUAUGUGAGAUGACACAAUCUAGUGAGGUCAGCUUUCCAUUCUGGAUGACCCCGGAUGGUUACAUCGUGACCUCUCAUGAUGCUGAGAGUUCCGAUGGUGUUCACGUUGUUAGUCUUGACAGCACGGCCAUCCGACUAGUGAUUAACAAUCUGAAUGAACGAGACGAAGGAAGCUAUAAAUGUGUAGCUGGACCAGUGGAAGCUGAAAUCAACGUCACUCUAUUUGAGCGACAGUGUGAGCGGCCAUGUCUGUAUGGUAGUGCGUGUGUCAAUGGAACAUGUCUAUGUCCCUAUGGACUCCAAGGUGACUUCUGCCAGAUACAAGUCCCAGGUACUGAGUGUACCCUUCUCUGUGCCAAUGAUGGUCUUUGCAUCAAUCAACGGUGCUACUGCCAAGAAGGAUACUUAGGAGAACUCUGCCAGAUAUUUGUGGGUGACACUUUUAACAUCACUGUGGUAACCAUCGAUGAUCAAAUACCCAGCUUAGGUCGAGAUGUCCAAAUUGUCUGUGAAGUCGAAGGAGAUGGUGUUUUCCCUUCACCAAUGUGGAUUAGUCCUCAACAAUCCACCAUCCCAUCUCUAGAAGAAGGUGGUUCAAAUCACAUAAAUGUUGACACCCCACAACCAUGGACUACAAUACUUAACAUUAACGACAUCUCUGCUGAUGAUGAAGGCAUAUAUACAUGCAUAGUUGGACAAUAUACCAAUACCUACAUAUUCGUUGUUGGAGUAUCUGACUGUGAGAGACGUUGUGCAAACGGUGGUCAGUGCGUGGAAGGACUGUGUCGAUGUCGGGACAGAUAUAGUGGAAGGUUCUGUGAAGUCUACUUACCAGUUGCUGAUUGUGAGAUUCCAUGUGCAAACGGUGGUCAGUGUGUAGAAGGGUUAUGUCGAUGCCCAGACAGAUAUAGUGGAAGAUUCUGUGAAGUCUACUUACCAGUUCCAGAGUGUGAGUUACCCUGUCAGAAUGGAGCUCCUUGUGUGAAUGGUGUUUGCCAUUGUCUAGCUGGGUUCACUGAUCGCUAUUGCAAUGUUAAAGUUGGCAAUGGAUACUUGUUGUACAUAACAACCAAUUUGAAUCAACCUCCAACAUUCGACCAGGAAUUGAUUGUGACUUGUGAGAUUUUGAGUCAGAGUAAAGGACGUCCAUGGUGGUCAGAUACUGACAAUCAACGCAUCAGAAAUAGUCAAGUUGGAAAUGAUCGAGUGUACAUCGAGAAUGUGAACCCUUCGACCACCAGGUUUGUGAUUAAGAACAUCCAAGCGUCGGAUCUAGGAAUGUACACGUGUCAUGCUGGAGAUAUAACCAAUACAUACCGCUUGGUUGUAAUGGAGCCUGAAUGCUACCCUGACUGCCAGAGUGGAGGGACUUGUAAUGUAGAUGGAUGUAAUUGCACUGAAGACUACACUGGAGUGUUCUGCGAAACACCAGUCAUCUUGAAGUGCAACGGGCCAUGCUUGAAUGAUGGGAUCUGCUAUGCUGGUAGCUGUUUGUGUAUUCCGAGCUUCACUGGGAACAACUGUGAGAUACAAGUUGCUGAAGAAUGUGCCAUACCAUGUGAUAACUACGGACAGUGUGUGAAUGGCCAAUGUGUUUGUCAACCAGGAUUCCAGGGAGACCAAUGCCAGGAAAGAGAUGAUUGUAUACUACCAUGUGAGAAUGGAGGCACCUGUUUGAGUGGCUUUUGUAUCUGCCCAGAAAACUACACUGGUGACCACUGUGAUACUCGAGUUGAUGAUGACAUGGUUAUUACUAUUGUCCGAGACACCUAUACACCGCCCUCUAUUGGCGAUGAUGUGAGAGUUAGUUGUGAGUUUGUUGGUAGUGACAUCACUCCUCAACCUUAUUGGACAAAACCGGAUGGAUUCCAGAUUGAUUUUAUCAUACCAGAUCUGAUUGGAACCAGGCACGUCUCUAGUGUUGCUGAUACGUCAACUGCUACCAGUUUGGUGAUCAACGAUAUACAGAAACCCGACGAGGGAACUUAUACAUGUUUUGUGGGACCUCUGACAAACACGUAUACCAUUCUUCUAAAUGAUUUCAACUGUGAUCCGUUUUGCAUUAAUGGAGGAUUCUGUACUUAUGGAAAGUGUCAGUGUUCAGCGGGUUACACCGGGGUCGCUUGUGAACUUCCAGUAAGUACUGGUAACUGCCUCCCCCAGUGUGAGAAUCAAGGCAUCUGCGAUAAUGGAGUUUGUGUGUGUGGAUUGGAAAAUACAGGCGCCUACUGUCAAAUAACAAUUGGAGAUGGUUUCUUCAUAACGAUUAAUAACGAACCGUAUGAGGAGUUCCGAACCGGUCAGGACGUAACGGUUACCUGUGAGUUUGUGGGAGAAGGAGGAGAAGCGGCCCAACCUGCAUGGAGAGAUCCCGAUGGUGUGAUCAUUAAACCAGCGAGUACAGUUUCAUCUGAGAGACACAUCAGUACGAGAGAAGUUUCCCCAUUGGUCACUGAGCUGACCAUUCACAACAUUCAGCCAAUGGAUUCUGGUGUCUAUACCUGCCAUGUUGGAUCCAGUACGAACACAUUAACAGUGGAUUUACAAGAUUGCAUCUACCCGUGUCAGAAUGGAGGAUCUUGUGUAAAUGGAUUCUGUAACUGUGUGGAUGGUUAUUCUGGACAGUACUGUGAUACACCAGUUGUUGAGUGCGUUGUACCAUGUGAGAAUAAUGGCCGAUGUGUGAAUGGAGUCUGCAUAUGUACGGAUGGAUUUUAUGGGAACCUUUGUGAGAUAUCAGUUGGAGAUGGAAUUACUAUCAACGUCAUCAAAGAUUCCUUAGGCCCUCAUCAGUCUGGUCAAGAUGUUGUAGUGACUUGUGAUUAUAGCAGCACUGUCCGCUACGAACAACCAGCUUGGAUUGAUCCACAAGGGAUUAGUGUUACACCAAAUACACAAGGUCGACUGAGGAGUAUUGCAGUGUCUCCCUCGGCAACCCAGCUGAGUAUAUCGGAUAUUCAAGCCACUGACUCAGGGAUAUAUACAUGCUAUGUAGGAACUAGAAGUAAUACCUUCACAUUGACGAUACACGAUAUUGAGCUUCAAUGCCCAAGGAGCUGUAUAAAUGGUGGAGUGUGUCUCCAAGGAAUCUGUGAAUGUCCACCAAGAUUUGCUGGUGCUGCCUGCGAGUUCCAAUUGAGUGGCUGUGACUUUCCAUGUGCCAAUGGAGGGAUCUGUAUUGAAGGGUUAUGUGCUUGCCUCAGUGGUUAUCAAGGAGAUUUCUGUCAAACAUAUGUUAUUCCGAACACCGAUAUCAUAAUUACCAUCACGCCUCAGGAGAAUACUCUUCCUGCUAUUGGUCACAGCUUCUACUUAGUAUGCGAGGUGGCCAAUAGCAACUCCUAUCCUCCACCAAUGUGGUUAAAUCCUUCAGGAAGAGUGGUGCAUGGACAAAAUGAUGGUACAUCCUCCUCUGCCCAUCACACGAUGACAGAGAUUAUAUCUCCCACGGCAACCAAGCUAAUCCUGAAUGGAUUAAUGAGAGAGGAUUCUGGCACAUAUACAUGUCUGAUUGGUCCACAUAAUGACUCCAUUCCCUUGAUUAUCCACAAGCUUGAUUGUAUACCUAGCUGUGAGAAUGGAGGUACAUGUGACAAUGGAGUCUGUAUAUGUCCUUCUGGUUACAGUGGAAACCAAUGUCAACAGACAGAUCAACAACAGUUGACAAUGCGCAUUACACCAAGCAUGGAAGAACUGCCACAUGUAGGGGACGAUAUGCGUAUUACUUGUGAGAUCAUUGGCUCGGAUCAGUUUAAUCGUCCACAGUGGCAGACUCCAGAGGGCGCUGUUGUCCCAAUCUAUCAAGCGGGUAGCAAUCAGCGUAUGGGUGUCCAGUACUUAACACCUACAGCAACCAACCUGGUCAUUAAUAAUAUGCAGUCAUCGGAUACCGGACUCUAUACGUGUAAUAUUGGACCUCUACAGGGAUUUUUUGAUAUCAUUGUUGAGGAGCCCGAGACCUGUGAUGUCAUUUGUGAAAAUAUGGGACAAUGUUUUGGAAGUCAAUGUCAGUGUUCAGAGUCAUUUUCUGGCUCGCGGUGUGAAAUAAGAAUUGGUUCCGAUUACACCAUUACCAUCACCCCACCAGCCAACCCGGUCCUAACAAUAGGCACAGAUGAAGUCGUCUACUUAUGUGAGGUGGAAAGCUUCACGAACUUCCCUCAACCAGAAUGGGCUGCUCCAUCGGGGACAAUCAUCGCACCAAUACAUCAGGUGGGAAGUUUAAGCCGGUCUGGUGUGGAAUACAUCAAUAGUAGAGCAACACGCCUUAUCCUCAGGGACUUAAUGAAAGAUGAUAGUGGCAUGUAUACAUGUUAUAUUGGACCUCUCACUAACUCUGUUAUCAUCACAGUCCAAGUUCCUACUUGUGUUCUUCCGUGUGAGAAUGGUGGACAGUGUAAUAAUGGUGUAUGUGAUUGCCCUCCAACAUUUACUGGACCACAAUGCAGGACUCCUGCUGUUUCAUGUCUACAACCAUGUAUCAAUGGAGGUCAGUGUCUAAAUGGUGUGUGCCAAUGUCCAACAGGCUUCUUUGGCAAUCGAUGUGAAAGACCAGGAUUCAGUGUGAAGCUCCACCCAGUUGGGGAAUUAGUCCCAGAGAUUGGUCGAACCAUCUCUAUGCUUUGUGAGAUCACAGGACAGAUCCCAGAUAUCAGACCCAAGUGGAUGAAAGAAGAUGAUGCAGUAUUGUCACUGGCUGGAGGCGGAGACAGUCACAUUUAUUCAACCUACGUAAGCUCAUCGGCCACUCAGCUGACUAUCAGUGGUUUAGUGUCGACUGAUGCUGGCUCCUAUAUCUGUGAUGUAGGAUCUGUCAUUGCAACAUUCAGGAUACAAGUACAAGACUUACCCUGCCAGAGAGAGUGUCAAAAUGGAGGGACAUGUUUGAGUGGUUUAUGCAGAUGUCCUGAAGGGUUUACUGGCGUUGCAUGUGAAAAUGAAGGUCCUCAGAAUAUCCGUAUUCGAAUCAUUCCAAGUCAUGAAGGUAGCCCUAGGAUCGGAGAUGAUGUUGCCUUUACUUGUCUCAUUAUGGGUACUACUCCAUUUAUCAACCCAAGAUGGAAAGCGCCUAGAGGACAGCCCGUCAUUCAAAGCAACUCACUGGAUGGAAUUGAUGCUCAUUUAUCAGAGGAAUACAUCACAGUCACAUCUACAAAACUUCACAUCAAAGACGUCUCUUACGACGAUGCUGGUGUCUAUGUCUGUAUGGUUGGCCCCAUCAUGGCAAACUUCUCCCUAGAUAUAACUGACCCAGAGUGUCGACCUAGGUGUCAGAAUGGAGGGUCUUGUGUUGAGGGAGUUUGUAUCUGCUCACCACAAUACACCGGGCAUUACUGCCAAUCAGAAGUGCCUGAUGAGAAGUUGACUGUAACUAUACGACAGAUCGGUAACGACAGACUACAAGUUGGAUCUUCAUUAAUGUUUGAAUGUAUCAGCACUGGGAGUAAUGAUCCAAGAAAUACACCAGUAUGGAGGAACCCAGCUGGUACAAGAGUCUUUCCUCUUGAACAAGGAGGCGAGGACCAUCUGUAUGUUCGUCAAACAUCAAUAACGUCUACAAUCUUAGUCAUCGAUAAGAUAUCGGAGAUCGAUGCUGGGAAGUAUGAAUGUGCCGUUGGAAGAACAGUCACAUCACUUGUCAUCAGAGUUACUGAUACAGGACCACCAGAUGUAGGCUGUACCCCCUCUUGUCAGAAUGGAGGAACCUGUAUUGGCGGUCAGUGUCUCUGUCCAAACCAAUACAUAGGAGAUCAUUGUCACAUUGCCAUUCCAGUCACAAGCUUUGACAUUAAGAUCACGACAAACCCCAACCAGCCAGAGCAGCUUGUCAUCGGUGACGAUCUUCACUUCACUUGUCAAAUCCCGGAUGAUAGUCAGUAUGUGAACCCACUGUGGUAUACGCCUAACAACCAGCGCAUCUUUCCUAUCGGAGAAGGUGGAUCUGACAAGCUUCAUAUAGAAAGAGUAUCAACCCGCCAAGCAGUCUUAACUAUUAUGAAUGUACAAGCCACUGACAGUGGCACUUAUACAUGCGCAGUCGGCCCACACAGAGCAACAUUCUUUGUCGACAUAAGUACGUUUGAUAUCCGAGUACAACCUCCUUCUGGACAGAUCCCACACAUCGGUGACAAUAUAACAUUUGUGUGUGAGGUGUCGGAACAAUCUGGGUACAGGUACCCGUCAUGGCUGAACCCAAGUGGAGAACAGAUAUACCCAGAUGGUCAAGGUCUUACACAAAGUCGUGUGUUGGUGAGUGAACUGUCGUAUCUUGCUUCCGAGCUUCAGAUUCUUGAUCUUCAACUGAUUGAUGAAGGAAUCUAUACAUGUAGAGUUGGACCUCUCAGCACAACACAGGAAGUAUUCAUUGAAGUUGGUUGCCGACAACCCUGCUUCAAUGGAGGACGUUGUAUCAAUGGAGUGUGUGCAUGCCCAACUAGUUAUGAAGGAACACAAUGCAGGAUACCAGUUGGAUUUGACAUUCGUAUCAUCGUUCCUGACAACUUGACCCCAAUGGUUGGAGAUGACCUUUCAUUUACCUGCGAGGUCGGGUCGGGAGGUCAAUACCGGAACCCAGUAUGGAGAGAUACAAGAGGAGGUCAAAUACCUCACAUACAGGAAGGAGUGGAUGAGCAUCUUGGCGCUGUGGUUAUUAAUGAAUACAGUACACGUCUAGUUAUCUCAGGAUUAGGAACAUCAGAUUCUGGAACAUACGUCUGUUCAACUGGACCUCUGUAUCGAGAUUUAUCUAUUGAUAUUAAAGGUCGACCCUGUUUCCCUCCGUGCUCUAACGGUGGUACGUGCACCGAUGGUCUCUGCCAGUGUCCAGAUAACUAUGCAGGAACUCAAUGUGAAACAUUUGUUCCACCGUUCACCAUUCGGAUCUUACCUCUGGCGAAUCCAUCCCCUACCAUUGGAGAUAAUCUCACAGUAGACUGUGUCGUCCAUCCGUCUGGGUUGUAUAGGAAUCCAAUAUGGCGGGGUCCUGGAGGUAGAUCCAUCAACACAAUGGCACAAGGAGGUGUGAUGAGACUUCACACAGAAAUCACAAGCCCUUUCAAUACCAGACUAGUUAUUGAAAUGUUGAGUAACGAAGAUGAAGGAAGUUAUGAAUGUCAGGCUGGACCAUUCUCUACCUCACUGAUCAUUGACAUUCCAGUUGAAGAUUGUGUUCCAUCUUGCAUCAAUGGUGGUCGGUGUGUUCAAGGAGAAUGUGUUUGUAGGACAGGUUGGACAGGAAGUAGCUGCCGUACACCAGCCCCUACGUAUCCAAUCCGGAUUGUUCGUCCUGAUGUUCUACCAACCCUUGGAGGGGAUUUAGACUUGCUAUGCGAGGUACCAGUCACAAGUCAGUACACCAUGCCGAUAUGGUUGAACACCAAUCAAGAAAUGGUUCCUAAGGCAACUCAAGGUCAUCUCUACUCUGUUGCUGAAUCUGAGCAUGCCACUAGGCUUCAUAUCACUGAUCUACAACGCACGGAUGGAGGAACUUAUAUAUGUGUCACUGGUCCCCUGUCUGCUGAUAUCACACUAAAUAUCCCAGGAUCUGGAAGUGGCUGCAACCCUGCUUGUUUGAACGGUGCUCAAUGUGUUAACAGAGUCUGCAUUUGCUUAGAUGGGUUCAGUGGAAGACAAUGUCAAAUUAAAGAGGAGAUCCUUGUGAUCAUCCCAGACACAUUGACUCCUGAAGUUGGUGAUAAUGUUAACUUCCUGUGUGAGAUCCCAGCAGAUAGACCCUAUAGAAACCCUACAUGGUUGAGUCCUGAUAAUGUCAUCAUUGAUUCCUACAUGCCUGGGCGAAACGAGCACAUGUUUGUUGCCAAAGAGUCUCCUCUAUCCUCUAGACUGUAUAUCAGAGGUCUGGUACCUAGUGACUCAGGGAAGUAUACGUGUAAUGCUGGUCCACUCUCAUCCGAUUUUGAUAUUGUCGUAGAUGCAUUGGAAUGUUACCAGGAAUGUGUGAAUGGCGCAUGUGUCUUAGGUCGAUGUCAAUGCAUUGAGGGAUACACUGGUCAACAGUGUGAGAUAGAAAUACCUAACUUCGACAUCCGUAUUGUUGGCCCCGACGUCCCGUAUCCAAUAGUUGGCCAGAAUGUAGACUUCCUGUGUGAAGUUCCACCAAGCAGUGAAUACCAAAUGCCAAUUUGGUUAGAUAAGAGUGGUCAGAUGGUACCAAAAGGAUCUCAAGGUCACCUCUAUGCAGUUGCAGAAAACGACUAUGCCACGAGGCUUCACAUUGAUGGCUUGUUGAUUGAAGAUUCAGGUAGUUACCAGUGUGUAACUGGUACUCUGUCAUCCAGACUGGAUCUACAGGUCACUGGCGUAGAUCGUUGGAUAAUUGUAUCUCCAGAUGGCGCUCCCACAACACCAAGGAUCGGGGAUAAUGUUCUUAUUGUAUGUGAAGUAGCUGAAGAUAGUCCCUACAAUAAUCCUAAAUGGCUGGGACCAAAUGAUGAAGAAGUACAACCACUAGGAUCAAUUGGCGUUGGUCAUAUUGGGGUGCGUGACAUUACACCUACAUCCACCACUUUAAGUAUCAAUGGUUUACAAGCAUCAGAUGCUGGAACGUAUGUAUGUGUAACUGGUCCCCUGCGCUAUGUCUACAAAGUGGAACCUCAGUUGGAUUGCCGAACGAGUCCAUGUUUGAAUGACGCUACGUGUAUUGAUGGUAAAUGUGUCUGUCAGUUUGGCUUCACUGGAUUCCUGUGUGAAUCAUUGGUGUUGGAGUGCGUGCAGCCUUGUUUGAAUGGUGGUAGUUGUAUGGGAGGUAUUUGUCUCUGUGCUAAUGGCUACAUGGGAACCUACUGCCAAACACCAGAUCCGAGCGCCUUCAUCAUCCGAGUUGGUCAGACUACUCCAGAUAUUCCAAUCGUUGGUAGUACUCUCAUCUUGAAGUGUGAGGUCGGACCCAACAGUCCCUUCCAAAGACCUGUGUGGAAUGAUCCACAGGGUAGACCAAUUGGUCCUCGCAGUGAUGGUACUAGUCGAGUGUACGCCACAUCACCAACACUGAAGUCAAGUCAUCUCUUUAUAUCUGGACUUUCAAUACAAGAUGCAGGAACUUACACAUGUGCUGCUGGGCCGUUGAAAUACACAUACAAUGUCAUUGUACAUGGUUCACACAUGAUCCGUGUUCCCAACAUGGACAACCACAUCCUGAAUGUUGGAGAUGAUCUACAGCUCAUGUGUCAGGUUGACGCCAGUAGUAGGUACCGGAAUCCGCAAUGGAUUGGACCAGAUGGAGUAGAAAUACCAUUAGCUAGAGAAGGUUUGGGACCUGAGCGGUUGUAUAUUGAGUCUGUGUCCGAGUUGUCCACUCAGCUGCACAUCAGUACAAUCAAUAUAGAGGAUGCUGGGAGCUACACCUGCAGAGUUGGUUCAUUUGAAGCAGAGGUUUCUAUCACGGUCAAAGAUAUUGAGUGUAAUCCAGCCUGUGUUAAUGGAGGAACCUGUACAUUCAGUGGAUGCCUCUGUCUUGAAGGAUAUAUCGGACAAACGUGUGAUAGAAUAGAUCCUAACUACUUGGUGGUUGAUAUACCGAAUGAGAUCCCGACGUACGGAGAUGACUUUUCAUUGCUAUGUGUUGUACCACAAGGAAGUCCUUAUAGUGGGUUAAGACCAAUCUGGUUAGAUCAUCACGGACAACGCAUUGCUCCUAGUGUACAAACAGAUGGAUUCAAUGCCUUCCAUACUGAGCAAGUAACACCACAAAGCACCCGAGUGGUCUUCCGAAGUCUCCAGCAGUCAGCAUCUGGGAUCUAUACAUGUGUAGUUGGACCAAUCAGAUAUAGAUAUGACCUUGUCGUUGAGUUACCAUCGUGUUACCCACUGUGUAAGAAUGAUGGAACCUGCUUCAAUGGUAUUUGUGUCUGCCCUAUUGGAUUAACUGGAGACAUCUGUGACGAAGUCGUUGAUGGUUUUGUGAUAGUACAGACACCUGUAACAACACCACCUAUUGUUGGUGAUAUGAUUAAGUUUGUAUGUGAAGUGCCAGCAUCAAGUCCCUACGGUCAACCUAUGUGGCUUAAUCCUAGAGGACUACAGAUCACACAAAUACAAGGUGAAAGAGACAACAUGGGUACCGAGAUUGUAUCUCCAUUUGCAACUGGUCUUAUGUUUAGAGAAGUUCGACUUGAAGAUGCAGGAACUUACAUCUGUAAAGUUGGACCAGUCAGACAAGACUUCAAUGUGACUGUACAAGAUAUUCCAUGUGAGCCGCCAUGUCAGAAUGGAGGUACAUGUAUCAGCGGACUGUGCCAAUGUGCAGAUACUUACACUGGACCGAGAUGUAAUAUACCAGUUGGUGUAUAUUUAACGAUCCGCCGACCACCGAAGCAGAUCUUUGAUGUUGGGGAUGAUGUAGAGUUGACGUGUAAUGUUUCUGAUAACAGUCCGUUUGAAAAUCCAGAAUGGUUGGAUCAGUUUGACGCCAGGAUCGAAGAAGGAAUCUUGAACGAAGUAAUUGGUACCCGUAACGUCAACCAGUUUACCACCCAGUUGAUCAUCCAUAACAUACAACUGAAUGACCGCGGUGACUACACAUGUAUGGUUGGUCCGAUACGUCAGACUGUUACACUGUUUGUACAAGGAGAAGAAUCAAGAUGUGUUCUGGCGUGUAUGAAUGGAGGCACAUGUGUGAACCAGUUCUGUCAAUGUCCACCAGAAUGGUAUGGAUCAGAAUGCCAAACACCAGUCGAUGGCUUCAUUCAGAUAGUCCAGCCUCAAGGCCAAGUAGUUGGUGUGGGGAUGGAUAUAGCAUUACUAUGUCAGGUAGUACAAGGAGAUCAUUUUGUCAUCAAUCCUGAAUGGCAGUACAACUCCAGGAAAGUCUUACCAGCAACACCAGGUCAGAGAAAUCGAGUGCUCGUUGAGAAAAUCUCACCGUUGGAAACUCAGCUGAUUAUUCGUGAUUUGACCUUGGAUGACCUUGGUGUUUACUACUGCUUUGCGAGACCACUCUCUGCCUCAAUUGAAGUCUCCGUUUCAGUUUGUGAUCCACCUUGUUUGAACGGUGGAAACUGUGUCUCCGGAAGAUGUGUUUGUUUGGAAGGACUAACCGGUCCACUCUGUGAAAUACCAGUUGAAGGCUUCAUCGUGAUUGACGUUCCAGAAGGACAAAUACCAACCCUAGGCAGUCGAGUCAUCUUUACAUGUGAAGUACCGGAAAACAAUGCAUACGGGGCACCAGUUUGGAUCACAGCACAAGGACGCUCAAUUCAAUCAGCAGGACCAAAUUCCGUUGCCCAUGUCAGCUCUCGUCAAGUCAACUCCUACAGUACUUCUCUAAUCAUCAAUGAUUUGCAGAUAGAAGAUCUAGCCAGCUAUACUUGUAUAGUUGGUCCAGUCAGACACACUCUCAUAUUACAACUUCCAGUUGAUAAUUGUACACCACCCUGUCUGAAUGGUGCACUGUGUGUGGACGGUGGAUGCGAAUGCCCAGUUGGUCUGAUUGGAGCACAGUGUGAGCUGAUAGAUUAUGGUUUCAUAAAUGUAAGCCCACCAGAUGGUCAGGUUCCUGUUGUCGGCAUGAAUGUCACAUUCCAAUGUCUGGUACCCAAUAACACUGUCUAUAAUAAUCCUGUGUGGUUACUGCCGGAUAGAGGAGAGAUACCGUUGAAAGAUGAAGGUGGCUCAACACACAUUUAUACUGAGAUAGUAUCCGAUGAUGAAACGAGUCUUAACUUUAUUGGAUUGAGGUUAAAUGAUUCAGGAACCUAUACCUGCCAGGUUGGCCCAGUUAAGUAUCAGUACACGAUCGUAGCUCUAGUUCCUGAAUGUGACCCACCGUGUCGUUAUGGAGGUAUUUGUAUCAGUGGACUCUGUGAAUGUCCGUUUGGAUUCAAGGGACAAUACUGUGAAUUCAUUGAUUUCUCCAUUGAGAUUGAGCAGCCAUGGGACCAGAAUCCAGAGAUUGGAAGCGAUGCAGAAUUCAUUUGUAGAAUUGACAGUAGAAGUCCCUACACUAACCCGAUAUGGUAUAACCAAGAUGGAGAUGUAGUCACCGAUAACCAAGAUGUAACAGCUCGUAUAAUGACAGAGACAAUAGAUGAACAUUCAACCAAACUGAUCCUAAGAAGUCUUGAGGUUACUGAUAGUGGAACCUACAUGUGUAGUGUCGGACCCAUCCGAUCUACCUUUGCAUUCUUUGUCAGACAACCAAACUGUGGUUUUGGAUGUUUCAAUGGUGGUAGCUGUGUCAAUGGAGCUUGUCAAUGUCCUGAUGGAUUCACUGGAAACUACUGUGAAGUUCUGGUCCGUGAGGUUUUUACAAUCAAGAUAGACGGAGCCGAAGAUCAGCCUAACGUUGGAGACAGCGUCAACUUUGUGUGUAGUGUACCAGGAGGCAGCAACUAUGGCAACCCUAUCUGGUUAGACGCUCUGGGAGAACUCAUCUUGGACAUAGAAGAAGACGGAGGGACUGUGAAGAUGUUUGCUGAACCGUUGACUCUGAGCGCAACACGGCUCGUCAUUAACCAAAUACAAACUGACGAUGCUGGGAACUACAGUUGCAUUGUGGGAUUGAAUAGAGCAACACUCUUCAUCAGUGUUAGAGCGUCUGAUUGCCGAACACCUUGUGCUAAUGGAGGAACCUGUGUACAUGGAUCAUGUAUCUGCCCUACUGGAUACGACGGGGCAUUCUGCCAAAACAAGAUCAACGAUGACUCGGUUUUACGAAUCCGCAUUCUGAAGGGUCAGAAUCCUACGCUGGGUGAUAGUAUGCGCAUCAUCUGUGAGAUACGAGGAUCUAGUGGAUAUACUGAUCCCAUAUGGACUGGUCCUGAUGGUAAUAUCAUCUACUCAAGGGAACAAGGUGGCAGUGAUCAUCUAUUCAGCCGACAGACAUCUACUUCUAAUCGGUUAUUCCUCUCCGCUGUAUCUGAGGCUGAUGCUGGAACCUACACCUGCCAAGUUGGGCCACUUACUACGGAAUUCAUCAUCUUACCAAGACGAGAUAGUUGUCCUGAGCCCUGUUUGAAUGGUGGAGUCUGCAUGGAUGGAGAAUGCCGAUGUGUAUCGGGUUAUGCAGGAGAGUCAUGUAACAUACCAGUGGACUUGUCUGGAGAUGGAUUAACACUAAUCAUUACCCCAGACUUGGAUCGAGAACCAAACCAAGGAGAGAAUGUAACGUACCGAUGUGAAGUCCAGGCUAAUGAGAUUUAUAUGGAUCCAGUAUGGAGAGACCAACUAGGCAACGUUGUAAGAACAGAAUCAUCAGGUCAAGAAGUGUUCAGCACCUCAGUGAAUGGCUUAGUGAAUGAGCUGACGAUCUUAAACAUGACACCAGAUAAACAAGGAGUGUAUAGCUGUUCAGUUGGUCCAGUUACCAACUUCUACCCUAUCACAGUAGCAGCGGCAGGUUGUGUACCAGAUUGUGUGAAUGGUGGAGCAUGUAUUAAUGCAAUCUGUCUGUGUCCGGAAGGCUACUCAGGAGAUUACUGUCAGGUAGAAGCUGGAAGACCGUUCAGCUUGAACGUCACCAUUGGUCCAACCUUCAAUCCAACGGUCGGAGGUGAAGUUUCUUAUCUGUGUGAGGCAUCUGGCGCCCAUGCUCGUCAGUAUCCUAGGUGGUAUAACCAGUAUGGUGUACCUAUUGGAGAGAAGGAUGAAGUGUUUAGUCGUGUGUUUGCCAAUAAUAUAACGAGUUACUCUACAAUGCUGACCAUUCAAGAUAUUAAUGAGAUAGAUUCUGGAAUCUAUACUUGCCAAGCUGGGCCUCAGAGGACUAGUACUGUACUCUCUGUUUAUGUUCCAAAGUGUUUACGAGAUUGUGAGAAUAAUGGUUCCUGUGUUGGAGGCAUCUGUGAUUGUCAAGAUCGUUUCAUCGGACAGUUCUGCCAAUAUUCAUUGGAUUCUGAUUUCCACAUCUAUGUGAACCCGAGUACUCCAAAUAAACCCAAGAAUGGUGACAGUUACAGCGUAGAAUGUGACGUUGUUGGACCAGUCAGAAUCGGAACUCCAGAAUGGACUGGUCCUGAGGAAGAACGAGUCAGGGGAUUAGGACUGGGCGGUACUGGGCAUAAAUACGCUGAUUUCCUCAACCCUCGUACUACUGCUGUCAUUAUUAAUGGCAUCCAACCAUCGGAUGAAGGCGUUUAUAAAUGCACUGUUGGACCACUCAGUGCAGAGUUUAACAUCUCAUUAGCGCCAACUUGUGACUUGAAAUGUUUGCAUGGUGGAGUAUGUCGGGAUGGGAAGUGUGAUUGCCCGAAGCCAUUUACAGGAGAGCUGUGUGAAGCUAUAGCUGAAGGUUGCAACAGUCUUCAGCCAUGCUACAAUGGUGGCACAUGCACCAAUGGAGUAUGCACAUGUACUUCAUUGUACCAGGGAGAUUUCUGCCGACACUCUAUUGAUGAUGAGACAACAUUACGUAUCGAGCUUGGUCGAGGUGAUGUACCACUCCAGGGUGAGAAUGUAACCAUCAUGUGCAUCACUAGUGGACCAGAAGCCCCUAUCAACCCAGAAUGGUUAACAAGAACUGGAGAAGUUAUACGAACAUUAGAACAAGGUGGUAAUCCACAUCAGUAUAUCCGUCGUCUGUCGCCGAAUGAAGUCCAGUUGGUUAAAGUCAACUUAACCUGGGAAGAUAACGAUACUUACUACUGUCGAGCCGGCCCUCUACGCAAUGCUGUAGCUCUUAUUGUACAAGCUUUGCCAUGUUUACCAGAAUGCUUGAGAGGGUACUGCCUGAAUGGAGAGUGUCUCUGUGAAGACGGAUUCAGAGGAAAUUAUUGUCAGAUUACUGUUUCAGAAUGUGAUCCGCCCUGUCUGAAUGGAGGAGCAUGUGAGAAUAGGAUGUGUCUUUGUCCUCGGGGGUUUAAAGGAGAACGUUGUGAACAUAUUCAAUAUCUGCCAGUGUCCAUCGAGAUCAAACCAGAACAAGAUCAGAUAACAUACGUAGGAGAGAAUUCUGCAUUCUUGUGCUUCACUGAAGGGACUGGUGCACCAUCGGAUCUAAUCUGGAGAGAUCCUAGUAACCGGAUUGUGCAACCAGGAGUACCAGAUGGUGUUGAGAGGGUGUAUGUCGAGUUAAUCAAUGAAACAUCAAGUCGUCUUAAGAUCAAUCUACUAUCAGAGGAAGACGCUGGUCUCUAUACGUGCGCUGCCGGGCCGCUUAACAGCUCCAUUAUCAUCACUCUCUAUGAACAUCCAUGUCCGCUGAUGUGUGCCAAUGAAGGAACCUGUGUCAAAGGUCGUUGUCAAUGCCCGCAGGAGUUCAGGGGGAAAUAUUGUGAAGUCAGAGUGAGCCGUACUGGAUCUAUUACCAUUGUUCCCAACAUCAAACAUAAUCCAAUGGUGGGUGAGGAUUUAGAAUUCUUGUGUCUGACAUCCGGUAGAUACCCAUCUAGAAAUCCUGUAUGGAGAUAUCCAGAUAGUUCAGUCAUCAGAUCAGUGGAUAAAGGUUCCACUAAUGACCGAGUUUACACCCAGCGCAACCCACCCUAUGAGAAUACACUUGUUAUCCAUAACUUCACUGAGGCAGAUGUUGGGACAUAUCAAUGCAGAGCCGGGCCACUCACUACAUCCUUCACUCUGGUCCUUGCAGAGCGGAUCUGUGACCCGCCAUGUUUCAAUGGAGGAACGUGUGAGAAAUCACAAUGUGUUUGUCCGAAUGGUUACACUGGGAACUACUGUCAGAUACUCGAUUGUGAGCCACCCUGUCUGAAUGGUGGUGAAUGCGUAGACGACGUUUGUAAAUGUCCGCCAGGUUGGUCCGGUAUAGACUGUGCAGUCGAAGAGAGCGUUGUUUUACAAAUCACCAGAACUACAGACUUUGAGCCUACCAUUGGAAGUACCGUGGUGUACUUGUGUUAUACAAAUGAUAGUACCACAACAGAGUCACCUGUUUGGACCAAUCCUGAUGAUCAUGAACUACUAGUGGGAGACCCAGGUGAUGGAACGCGUAUCUUUGUUGAGAACUUAUCUCCAUCUGCAAGUCAACUGGUAAUCACUAGCCUACAAGAAGAAGACAUAGGAACGUACACCUGCUCAGGUGGUCCCCUGGUGGCCUCGGUUAUUAUUACCAUGAAUCCAUCUGAAAACUCUUGUAGUGGUGAAUGUAUGAAUGGUGGAGUGUGUAACGAUGGAAUCUGCCUCUGUCCACCGGCCUACACUGGACAGUUCUGUCAACUUGUUGAUCUUGAAUGUCGCUACCCAUGUGAGAAUGGUGGAUCUUGUAUCAGUGGUAUCUGUCUCUGUAUGGCGGAGUUUGAAGGAGUCUCUUGUGAAAUCAAAAAGAGAGGUUGUGCCCAGGAGUGUCAGAAUGGUGGAAUCUGUUUGACUGGUUUAUGCCGAUGUCAACCUGGCUUCACUGGAGACUUCUGUGAAAAUAGACCUAUACAGUGUGAACCACCCUGUCUGAAUGGUGGUGUAUGUGUUCGUGGUCAGUGUUAUUGUGCGGAUGGAUUUGAAGGCAACUCAUGUGAACUAAUAGUUGGAUCGUCACCUCAGAUUAUAAUCAAUCCAUUCGCUGGUCAGGUCUUAGCGUUAGGGGAAGAUGCAAACUUCCUUUGUAGACUACGUAGUAUCGAUCUUGAACCAGGAACCGUACCACUCUGGGUCGGACCGGAUGGAGCUACCAUCGGCACAAUUGGCUUUGGUGGUGAUCUACACAAAUACAUCGAGGUUCUGUCCGAGUCUGUGGUCAAUCUCCUUAUCAACGAUUUCAGGUUGGAGGACGCAGGGAACUAUACCUGCAUUGCUGGACCAUUGUCAAGAACUGUGUCUCUCAUCUCACUACCUGAGGAUUGUCAAGGGCUGUGUCUGAACGGUGGAUUCUGUGAUCGAGGAAUCUGUGAAUGUCCGGAGGGAUUCGAAGGCGAAUAUUGUGAAUUCUCAUUUGGCGGGGGUCUGUGUAGUCCAGCCUGUGAGAAUGGAGCUACAUGUGAGCAAGGUGUGUGUCUAUGUGCACUCGGAUUCACUGGAGAGAAUUGUGGUAUAGAGAUGUCUUGCAGCCCAGUGUGUGAGAAUAACGCAAUCUGCCAGCGUGGUAUCUGCAUGUGUCCUGUUGGUUACACUGGACCAUCCUGUACAGAAGAUAUCAAUGAGUGUGCGAUCAAUCCAGCCAUCUGCCCAUUCUAUGGUUGCAUUAACACCAUUGGCAGCUAUAAAUGUGCCUGCCCACCAGGCUAUGAGUUUGGACCAGAUGAUCUAUGCAAAGAUAUUAAUGAAUGCGAAUUGAACCAUUCCUGUAGUCAACGAUGCAUCAAUACGAUUGGAUCCUACCUAUGUGCCUGUAAUGAAGGAUUCAUUGUGGAUACUGAUGGAAAGACAUGUAUUGGACCUAAAGGUUGCUUAUAUCAGAACACUUUGUAUCCAGCUGGCACUAGUUGGACCAUCGAUGGAUGCUCACAAUGUACAUGCGAGUUUGGAGUCACACAAUGCACCGACUGCCCACCGUCAGAUUCAGAAGAUUGUAUGAUCAAGGGUAUCCUGUACCGACACAUGACCAACUGGACUUCGCUCUUCAAUGCAUGUGAACUUUGCUCAUGUAACAACGGAGAAGUGCAAUGUGUUGAAGAGAUCUGUGCAGAGAGGUGUAGUAACCCGGUACCCAGGGCUGGGGUAUGCUGUCAUGAAUGUACAGAUUGUUUAAGUGAAGGAACGUUGAUUCGUAACAACCAAUAUUUCACACCAUCGAGCAAUAACUGUACAGUCUGUAGAUGUGAGGAUGGUAGUGUUAAGUGUUCUAACUUGACCUGUCCAGAGAUAACAUGUAGUAAACCAACUGAGGGCCCAUGCUGCCAAACAUGUGAAGAUAACUGUGAGUUUGACGGCAAGGAAUAUGUACACGGUGAAACAUUUGUACCAGAAACUCCCAAAUGUAGUGUGUGUACGUGCACGCGAGGCGCUCUAGAGUGUCAGUAUAAAACUUGUCCGGCACUGACCUGUUCGACGUCAUCUCAAGUUCGUAUUAAAGGAGAAUGUUGUAAUACGUGCGUGGACAUGCUACCAGGAUGUGUGGACAACCAUCGUGAAUUCCACCGUACCGGAGACCAAUGGCAGGACUCGAUGGAUCCGUGUCUGACAUGUAGCUGCUUUGAGGGCGGCAAUAUCCAAUGUUUCCGCACUGAAUGUAACACACGAUGUGAGAACCCGGUACUUAUUCCUGGUCAGUGCUGUCCGGAUUGUGGAGGUUGUGUUAACAAUGGGGCUGCAUACAGGAAUGGUGCAUUCUUUACUGCAUUGAACUGUGAUGAAUGUGUGUGUAUCUACGGAGAUGUUGUUUGUGAACCAGCGAGCUGCAAUACAGAAUGUUACGAUCCGUAUCAACCACCAGGAGAAUGCUGCCCAAUAUGUGAAGAUUGUUUCUAUUUGGGUCAAGUGAUAAGAGACGGAGAAACGACCCACCCUGCAUUAGCUCCCUGUAGAACCUGUAACUGUAGGAAAGGUAAUGUGAAGUGUACCCAUGCAGAGCAAUGCCCAGUCUUAUUGUGUACAGUGACUACCACAGUAGCGGGAGAAUGCUGCCCUCGAUGUGCUGAUGGAUUUUGUCGUCAACCAGGAGGCCAGGUUUAUGAAAGUGGUGAAAGUUGGUUUGAUCCAGAAGAUCCUUGUGUGGAAUGUACAUGCUUUGAUCAAGAUGUCCGUUGUCUGCCUCUACCCUGUCCUGAGAAUAGUAACUGCACCCAUGGAUUGAUUCUUGACGGAGAAUGCUGUGCUGAUUGUAGCGUCUGUGUCUAUCGCGAUAUCAUGUAUAACGAUGAGGAAAUAUUCUCACCUGAGAAUAGUCCCUGUGAUACGUGCUCCUGUAUGAGAGGUAACGUUGCGUGUGUGAGUCGAGAAUGUCCACCAUUGACUUGUACAGUAACAGUAGAGACACCAGGUUUAUGCUGUCCAACAUGUGAUGUAUGUACCGACCCAGUGGAUGGUACACAAUACACACAUGGACAGAGCUGGAUUGCAUACAACCCUUGUACAUCAUGCAAAUGUGUGGAUGGAGAGAUUGAAUGUAACACGAUAAUCUGCCCUGGUGACUGUUCAUCACCAACUCAACUAGAAGGACAGUGCUGCCCAAGCUGCCAAGGAUGCGAGAUCUAUGGUCAGUCGCUAACGGAAGGUGCACCGUAUAAACCUAACGAUUCACAGUGUAUGGAGUGUUUAUGUGAAGGAAACGCUACAUACUGCUUCCCCAUCUUAUGCCCAACACUGACUUGCCGACCUGAACAAGUCAUUGUAUCGGAAGGGUCAUGCUGCCCAACAUGUAUUGCUGAUGCGAGACGUACUGUGAGGGUUUGUGAGAAUGAUGGAAUACAAUACACCAAUGGAACACGCUUUGAUAUCGAUCAGUGCACUACAUGUACAUGUAUUGAUGGUACCCUCGACUGUGAUGUUGAAGAAUGCCCGGAGCGUCCAUGCAAUCAGUUGCAGAUGGUCCGGGUACCAGACGAAUGCUGCCCUCUGUGUUUGGAUCAGGAUUGUUUAUUUGACAAUAGAUUCUUGAUCAACGGAGAAUGGUUUCAACCAGCCGCAGAUAAAUGCACAAACUGCACCUGUAAUAAUGGUGAGGUUGAAUGUUCAUUGAAUCCUUGCCCAGUUCUUGAUUGCCCAUUGGAUGAACAGAUUCAGCACAGUGGUGAAUGCUGCCCUCAAUGUACAGGUGCCUACUGUUUGUAUAACGGAGAGAGAUACUUUGCCAAUACAGCUUGGAAGAGUGAAUGUGAUAUCUGUUUCUGCAUCGACGGUAACGCUGUGUGUAACCGGGAAGAAUGUGAACCAGUGACAUGUGAUGCUCAGGUAGAAGAUGUAGGAAUACCUCAUGGAGGUUGCUGUGAACAGUGCAUACCAAGAAUGGCAUCUUGUAUCGUGUUUGGUGACCCUCACUAUCGUACCUUCGAUGGCCGAUACCACGACUUCCAAGGAACUUGUACCUACACAUUCGCCAAAGAUUGCCAAGGUGGAAACUUUGAAGUCAUCGUUCAGAAUAAUGGCAAAGAGACCUACUCCGUUUCAUGGACACAACUCAUGUCAUUCAGAUUGUUUAAUUGGACAAUCGAUCUAUUACAAAAUAUGAAAGUCAAAGUUGACGGAGUUUUGGUUGAACUGCCGUACCUUCAUGAACCAGAUUUCAGCAUUCAAAAAAUGGGAUUAUUUGUGGUAGUCCAUACCAACAUGGGCAUCACAGUUUCCUUUGAUGGAGAGCAUUUCGGUGAGGUUGUUGCUGACCAUCUUUGGAAGGGACAGUUGUGCGGAUUAUGUGGCGACUACAACGGGAAUCCUGAUGAUGAUUUUAGGAGUCGCAAUGGCACAUACACCACAACAUCCUCAGAGUUUGGAAACACAUUUAUAUGCGGUGAUUAUCCUGAAUGUUCGUGUAGAGAAAGCAAAGAGUUAGCUCCAUGUGCUAAGGGGGAAAGUUAUCUUCAAGAAGCGAUAGGAAGAUGUGAUAUCUUAAUGAGUGAUGUGUUUUCGCCAGCCCAUGCCUUAAUAGACCCGGAGCCAUUCUAUAAUGCAUGUCUGUACGAUUGGUGCGCCUGCCCAAUGCAAGAUAAAUGCCUCUGUGAUGUUCUCUCAGCUUACGCACACGAAGCAAGGAAAAAAGGAAUCACGUUAGAUUGGCAGAGAGAAAAUUAUUGUGCCAUUUCUUGUCCGAGAGGAGCCUACUAUGCAGAAUGCACCCCGCCAUGUGAAGUUACCUGUCAAUCAAUCAAUUCACAAGAGGCUCAAGAAUGUGUACAAUCACAAUGUGUACCUGGAUGUAAAUGCCCUGCUGGAAUGGUGCUACAUGACUUUGAAUGUAUAAGUAUAAGUGACUGCCCUGAACAAUGAAUGCAACAGUCAUCCACUGGGUAAAAAUGGGAUGCAGUGGGAGUUGUCAAUGAUUUAGGCAUUAAUCAACUGGGUAAAGAUGGGAUACAGUGGCAGUUAUCAAUAGGUAACUACAGGGUGUAUUUGUGAAACUACCAGUUUGAUAAUAAUAGUACAUUAUAACUCAAGUUCCAUGCGGUACUAGGAGAACCACUUGGGAUGUAGUGGGUACAUCUAGGUGAAACUGGGUGUAAAUAUAUGUAAUGAAUAUACCAUACAUCUGGUUCACACGAGGAACCACUGGGGAUGUAGUGGGUACAUAUGGGUAUAAAUACAUGAAGUGUAUACCUGGUGUAUAUUGGGACUUACUUAUAACUGUUGGAAGAUAAAGGUCUUUGAAGGAUGUUUGUUGUAAUAUUUAGAAUUAAAUGGAUUUAUUCCUAGCUGUGGUUUAAUUUGAUUGGAUCUUAAAUCCUCAUCAUGGUGCACACAUGAGCCUGUUUAACAAAAAAACACUUUUUAUUUUUUAUAUUGAACAAUAUCAUGUAAAAUGUAUAGGUACUGCAGUGUAUAAUACUUGGAGGUUUAGCAGAGCGACCAAUCUAAAGGAAAAUGUAUAACACAUCCAAACACAAUGCAUUGAUUUGAAGAUGGAUAUUCUUACUUAGUAUACCUUUGUCAUGGUGCCGCCAUCUUGAACUUCUCCCCUUGAUAUCAUUGUUACUAAACCGAGGCUGGAAGAACAAAAUAGUCUUGUUCCUAUUUGCAAAAUGGUUAUUAGCAUUCAUUAUUGUUAUUCGAUACGAGGAACAUGACCAAGAUGGAAACAGCAUGAUAACGGUCUGUUGAUUCACUACUCUGUUACCCUUGGGUUUCAGUGCGGCCAUUUCAUGUAUGUCAAAAAUUACACUUUUGAGAAAAGCAAGUACAAAUUUAAGCUGUGUUGCCAUAAAAUGGGAUAAAAGUGUAAAAAGGGGCCAAGAUACGACAUGUUUUUUCUUUAACACGCAUACAUUAGUAUAAUUAUAAUAUGCCCGUGAAACUUAAUGAAAAUACACCCUCAAUUUACCCAGAAAUGAUCUUAUAUAAGAAACAAAAAUUUUCGGAUUGGGCUGUUCUGCUAGGAAGGGCCGAGUUGAUAACAUGCUGUAAAUUGUCUUUUGAGUGGUUAGAAUCAUUCAUGUGAUCAAUUGAUCAAUAUAAUGUGAUUGUAAGGGUUUAUGUAUUUAUAAAAACUUACUCUAGGUAAACUUGAUUUGGGGCUAUAUUAAUCAAAGAAAAAAUUACUAGAGUGGGACUCAAACCAACGACCUCUGGAUUAACGAGCCGGUGCUCUACCAACUGAGCUAUCUAGCCCUAUGUUGACGAUCUCCUUUCUGGUUUAUAAUAUUUGACGCAAGAUUAAACUUGUAAGAAUGCUUUAAUGUUGCACAACCAUGAAUUAACUACCUGGCAAUGUUUGUCAGUUGUAAUUAUUUUAUUUUUGAAAAACCCUCCCUCAGUUUAAAGGAGCAAUACAUAACACUGGCUAAUAAUCAGUAUUUUUUCUUAUCCUCUAUCCAGGUGUUGCCAUGGUGAUAUGUGUGCUAUUAUUAAACAAACGUUGUUAAGGGUUUGAUUCCCGGCUGUCUUCCACACGAUGGUGCUGCAUAUAUAUAUAUAUUAAUAUAUAUAUAAUGUGAGGUUACUCACAUUUAAGUUAUACCUGCACCUCUAAUUUUUUAAGUUAUGGUAUGCCUUUAUAAAAAGGCUAUAUUUUGAAAUAUUGUAAACAAGUAAACUGAAAACAAUUAACCAAAACUAUUUUUGGAGAGACUUUUACAAAAAAUGUUGUGGUGCUUUUACAUACUUGAUGAGGAUCUCAUUGUACAUAGGCGAUCUUUAAUAGUUCAUCAAAGUAAACUGUAAUGUUUGUGAUGGAGAUUUAUUUUUAACUAUGUUUUUUUUUAAACAUGAGUAGAUGUUAUCUUUUGUAGAAGUCGUCUGUUGAGUAUUUUACUUUUUUUUAUCGAUUGUUCUCAACAUUUUAAAACUUAUCAAGAUUGACUGUUGAUGAAAUCAUAAUGAAAUCCAAAAUACAUCUUUUAGGUAGAGUUGUAUGUAAAUGACUGUUCCAAAGAUCCGAAACAUUUGAUAUUUCUAGUUUAAUAGUUCAUCUGCACUACUGACGACAUAUGAUUAGUUGUCAAUGUCUCUUGUACACUGGCCAGGAACAACCACAAAACAUGUCCAUCUCCUGUUUUUCUGGAACACUUAAAAGCAAAUGCUCAGAAGGAUUAUUUGGGGAUCCCCUAAAUGGUUAGAAGUAAUCCUUGCUUUAUUUGUUUAUUAUUUAUUUUCUUUAAAAUCUAGAAAGACCUAAAAACAUUUGUAAUCAUUGUACCUCCAUUCCCAAUGUAGAAGACAAAUUAAUAAUGACAAUUAAUUAAUAUGUCGACACUGAAUACAAAUAACAAUCAAAUUGAUCAGCAAAUUGAUGAUUGGCUUGGAAUCAUGGAAGACUACAUUCCAACCGUCUUCGCUUAUUAUUGUUUUAAAUACACUGGACACUAUUGGUAAAUUGUCAAAGACUAGUAGUCGCAGUUGGUGUAUCUCAACAUAUGCAUAAAAUAACAAACCUGUGAAAAUUUGAGCUUAAUUGGCCGUCGAAGAACCUUGUCCGCACCAUGGCAACAAGAAGUUGUGUGCUUUCAGAUGCUUGAUUUCGAGACCUCAAAUUCUAAAUCAGAGGUCCGGAAAAUAACUUCU